AUGGCUCGGAAUGAAGAGAAAGCGCAGUCAAUGCUGAAUCGGUUCAUCACAAUGAAAGAAGAGGAGAAGAAAAAGCCCAAAGAACGACGGCCUUACUUAGCCUCAGAAUGCCGGGACUUAGCCGAGGCCGACAGGUGGCGCCAGCAAAUCCUCCGAGAAAUCGGGCAUAAAGUCAGCGAAAUCCAGAAUGAGGGUUUAGGCGAACAUAGAAUCCGAGAUCUCAAUGAUGAGAUCAAUAAGCUCAUACGUGAAAAGGUUCAUUGGGAAAGGAGGAUUGUGGAGCUUGGUGGCCCCAAUUAUGCCACACAUGGGGCCAAGAUGACUGAUUUGGAAGGGAAUAUUGUGGAUGUACCCAAUCCCAGUGGAAGGGGGCCGGGGUAUCGCUAUUUUGGGGCGGCGAAGAAGUUACCGGGUGUUAGAGAGUUGUUUGAGAAGCCGCCAGAGUUGAGAAAGCGAAGGAAUAGGUAUGCUAUAUCUAUCUAG